AAACAAUCUCCCGUCCGCGAGCAACACUCCAAACACACUGCACUUACCACACCAGACUAGUGUCUAACAAACAAAAAGAUGGCGGAAGAAGAUAAGAAGGUGGACGCCGUCACCGAGGCGAAGUCGGAGGACAAGACCGUCAAUGAGAAGGCUUCCGACGCAGCAACAGCAGCCAAAGAAAACGUCUUCAGCAUGUUUGGCGGCGGACCAAAGAAGGAAGCCAAGCAAGAAGAUGCAGAUGCAGAGAAUGACCGAUCUGGCAGCUCCAAAGCCCAGAAGGACAAGGAAGCUGCGGAGAAGGAUGACGAUGAUGACAAGGCCGACGAGGAGGAGGCAGAUGCACACUUCGAGCCCGUUGUCCAUCUCACAGAAAAGGUCGAGACCAAGACGAACGAGGAAGCCGAGGAGCAGACUUUCAAGAUGCGUGCAAAGCUCUUCAAAUUUGAUCGCGAGAGUCGUGAGUGGAAGGAGCGAGGCACUGGUGACGUGAGACUGCUCAAGCACAAGGAGAAUGGCAAGACACGCCUUGUGAUGAGACGUGACAAGACGCUCAAGGUGUGCGCCAACCACUACAUCGUUCCGGACAUGAAGCUGUCUCCAAAUGUUGGCAGCGACCGCAGUUGGGUGUGGAACGCUGCCGCCGAUGUGUCUGAGGGCGAGCCAGAAGCCUCUACUCUGGCCAUCCGCUUCGGCAAUUCUGAGAACGCCAACCUAUUCAAGGAGGCUUUCAUCAAGGCUCAACAAGACAACGAAGCGAUCUUUGGCAAGAGCGAGGACGAUGAUCCGCCAGAGGUCGAGGGUUUCCCGAUGCGAAGAUGGGAGAUUAGCAUUUAUCUCGUGGGCCCCGAUGGCGAGGACAUGCCAGCGAGCUGCUUCGACAAAGCGAUCUACAUGCUCCACGAGUCUUUUGGCAAGAGAAUGAAGCAGACGUUCAAGAGCCCGCCAUUUGCCAUUACGGAGAAGGGCUGGGGAGAAUUCGACAUGUCAAUUACCCUCGUACCGAUCGGAUCACCAAAAGGCGGAGACCAGCUAAUCCAGCACGACCUCAAUUUCCAGCAAGAGCGCUACGAGAGCACACACUCGGUCACUUUCAGGAAUCCCAAGGGUGAGCUACUCGAGGCUCUGCGCCAAUCCGGGUCGGUAGGCGAUGCCGGCACGACCAAUGGUGCUUCGGGCGCGGCGAAGCCGGAGAAGAAGAGACAGAAGCAGAAUCGUAACGUGGAUAUGGAGAAGCUUGCUGAGGCCCUGCCCCAGCUAGCCGAGGACGAUCUUCUGCAGGUUGUACAGAUGGUGCACGACAACAAGAGCGAAGAGACAUACACCAAGAAUGAUGUUGAAAACGGAGAGUUCCACGUGGAUCUUUACACUCUACCCGAUCCGCUCAUCAAGAUGCUCUGGGACUUCGCCGAAAAGCGCGAUGCACUCUAG